AUGGCGACGAAUGAUUACAACAUGGAUGUCGAAACGCAACGUCGAAUCGAAUAUACACGACAAAAGGUGAUGCGAAUCGAACAAAUGAAUGAGCAACUUCGAAAGCUGACCAAAGCCAAUAAAAAUAGUGAAGAGAAAUUGGAGAGACUCUUGAAAAGAAAGGACUCAUUGGAAUUGGAUGUGGCAAGACUGGCAGAUGCCUCAAUGAGAGCUGAACCAGAAUUGGGAGCAGAGUUGAUGCAUUCGAUUGAAGAACCAAUGGAAGUAGAUAUCUUGUAUGGGGAAGCACAUCGGGAGAAAAUGGGUCACUUGAAGGUCCUUUUGAAUGAAAUCAUUGUGAAUACUAGUUUCAAUGAAAAGGCAAUGUGUAAAGAGAUUGGACAUCAGGAAGCAGAGUUUGAGAAUCGAUUGAGAGCAGCAAUCAAAACGAGGACUUCAAUGAGUCUGAAAACUGACGAAGCUCAGAAACGAAACGAGAUGUUGUUGAGAGAACAGGCGAAUCUUUAUGAAGACGUGCAGGAGAUGGAAACGAAUAUUGAGAAGUUUGAUGCUGCGAGAUGGCUUUUGAAUGUGGAGAAGAGAAGAGUCUCCGACAUCCUGGAUCGUACCAAAAGGGAGCCAAAAUCCGGAAUCCCUUACCGCAAGCCAUACAUUGUCGUUUCGGAAGCUUCAUCACUGGAAGAUUUAGCGACGUCUUCUGCUAGUCUGACUCACGAUCAUUACGCUUCGGACCAUCAUUUUGAUAAGAAAGCUCCAGAAAUCAACGCAACUGUUAGUUCCAAGGAUGUUGUGGAACCGACUGAAAAAGUGAUAAUUCACAAGGAAGGAUGUCCGAAGAGUAAAAAAAAGUUGUGUCCAAUUCCACAUUCAAACUCUUUGAUCUCCGAAAAAGAGCAAAUCCAGCAGAAGCCAGUGUGCCGUAUUCAUGGGAAAUCUGCUUCUCAUCUUCCGAUCAAUGGCAUCGACUUGAUGGAUAUGAUUGCCAAAACACUCCAAAACGAUACAUCCUUCAUUGCAUCCAACUUUUCUUAA